AUGCGAUCGUGGCAAGACUUGGCUGUGAUGGAGACUUCAAAGAAAGAAGAAGAAGAAGAAGAAGAAGAAUGUUAUGCCUCGUCUCACCACAAACGGGGACUCGAAUCGAUUCCAGAUGAUGAAGACUUACCUUCCCCCUUCGAAGACUACUGGCUGGUUGGCCUGCGCCAAAAUGACCCUAACGAAUAUAGGGUCCUCGGAUUAGAAAUUCCAGUCAUGUGGAACUUAGAAGGCAUCCACACUACGGUAUACGAGGUGAACUUUCUGUGGGGUAGGGGCGUCACAAAACCCGCCCCACCGCCUCACCCUCCACCAUCACUGACACUUCCUUUUCUCAAUAAAGACAAGAAGAAGAAGAAGAAGUCCAAGAAAGGUGAGAAGGCAGAGAAAACCGAAGAGGCGCCGGCCGCCAGCGAAGAGGCGCCACCUCCAGAACCAGAACCAGAACCAGCUCCCCCCGCUCCAGAAGAAGCCCCUCAGGAAGAAGCGCCUGCCGAUGCACCCCCCGCGGAGGCACCAGCAGAGGAGGCUCCCGCUGCUGAAGCUCCUGCCGAGGGCGAGGAGGCCCUUGAACCACCCCCAGCUCCCAAGAAGAAGCCCAAGUUCUUCGUCCACUGGAACAGGAAGAAGGCCCGUUUCUACGACUACAACUGGGACUACGGUGGCAACUACUACAGCUCCCUGGUUAGGUACAUCGACGUGAGGGCUGGUGAUUAUCCUCGUCGCAUGGCCUUCGCAGAGCGUGGAAUUCGCAGCAACGUCCAACGAAAGACCCUUCCCGAUACUCGCACCACCGUUCUAUUGGAUGACGUCCGAAGGUCCAUCAGGAACUUCGAGAUCUCUCAGAAGACCUACAUGAAGUAAACACGUCGCCCGACGGAGUCGAAUCCAAGAAAAGCAAAAAAGAUCAUUUUUUCUCUUUUUCCAAAAACAAUAAUAAUAAUAAAACAUUAAAACUCUGUUUUCAAAGACAUUCAAAAGAAUAAAAUCGUUCCAACAAAUGCAACCUGUUCCAAGUCGUCCAGAUAAUAGAGUGUAAAGUAGAGAAAGAUAUGGAUACAAGUAGAUUUUGCUGACGGUAUUCCCUCUUGCAUCAUCAGAAAGUAAGAAGAAGAAGAAGAAACAAAGACAGACGCCACCAUCCAAUCAUGUCAGCUUCCACCUCCAACUCUCUCUUUCUCUCUCUCUCUCUUUCUUGUCUAUCUGUCUAUCAUCUCAUCUUGGUUAAGACCUUCUGUGUAGCCUUUAAGACCAAAGGCCGCUGGUGACCUGCGGAAGAAGAGGAGGCGAACCAGAAGCCAAGAUGAAAUCAGGGAGUUCUCAUGAUGCAAACAGCGUCACCACAUCGCCAUGUUGCUCUGAUCAAAGAAGAAGAAGAAGAAGAAGAAGGGAAUUUAACGAAAAUAAUUAACAUAAAAAAAACAAAAAACAAACAGAUAACAAGGAGACCAAAUAAAAAAUAAUAAAAAAAAAGGGAUGUCCAACCCGUCUUUCAUUUAUGCAAGAGAACAGACACGUUUAAAAAAACAAAUAUUUACGCGAAAAGGAGCGUCCUAAUAUUCUUCUUUCUCGUGCAUUUCCAUCGAUGGUUCUAAGUCCUCGACGGAAUGCGGAAACUGAGAAGUGUCAUUCACCGCUAAUUUAAGACAUCAAUCAUCAUGACUACACUAUUUAUAUACAUUAAAAUGCCUUGAUUCCCACGGCUUUUAUUUCCAAGCUGAUUCUGAAAUUCGUUUUCACAAAACUCUAGAUUUAAAUCUAUGAUAUUUUCAUUCUCUCGAGCUUCUAUUUCCAACUUUGGGAUAAAAUAAGAAUCUUUUUUUCGUUUCAACGUGCCGAUCAUCAUGUCACUUCUUAUUUAUAUAUUUACGUCGUCUCUUUCCCCGCCUUUUUUUUCGCUGCUGUUUUCAUCUCUCCCAGCCAUGUGCGUUUGUCUGAACUAUACUUACUACUGCUCCUGCUGUGAGCGUGUUCGUGUUGUGUUCGUCCAAAGGUGUAGAGGAGUUUGUUCAAACAUUUUUCUUCGUAGUAGUCACUGGUUCGUUCUUGUACGCGUGAAGGCUCGCCCCAAAUCUCUAGAAGACGACCAGGUCACCCCCUGGCUGGAUGGAGGGAAGGGGAGGAAAGGAUAGGCCUUCUCUGAAAGACCCUCGGGACUGCCGUGACGUCAGACGGUUCACUCCAGCCGCCGUUUCACGCCUAGCUUCCAGCUGGUCUCUCUCUGUCUGUCUGUCUGUCUGUCUCUCUGACCGUCCACCAGUUCGGGGAUUUGGUCGACGUAGCUUCAACAUUUAUAUUUCUUGAUCUAUCUACUUUUAUUUUAUUUUAUAUAUACACAUCACCACCACCACAAAGCUGCCUAACGGAGAUAACAUCCACGGCGGCUGCGCCAACCGACAGGACCUCAACUCUAGCAGAGCUAUGGCUUCCUGCUGGCUGGCUGCUGGCUGACAAACGGCAGACAUCAGCGGUUCCAAGCCUUGCCUUUUAUUGUCAUUUUUAUCUUUCUUUCUGUGGAGCUUACACACAAAGACCAUCAGCCAUAUACAGGGGGGGCGAGACUCAUCCGAAAUUGAUAAGAGGCCGUCGGAAAGGGGAACCACUGUGCAUAGCAGGAGCUCUCUCAGUGCAGGUCAGUGUUGGGGGGGCGUCUCGCCGUGGAUCAUACUGACAUCAUGUCUCUCGCCAUAUAUUAUAAAAAUAACAUAACAUUUAUAUAUAUACGUAUAUAUACGACUCGAUCGUUUACUGCCGAUAUACUAGUUGAGAUCAAAAUAAUAAUAAUGAUAAGAAUAAGUAGAGUACUUUUGUGGAAGGAUUACUCUCGAGUACUUUCAGUGUAAAGUGAAAGAGAACUUUGAUAAAAAUAAGACCAUCUUUAAAACAACAA